AUGGCGGAAAAUAAGCCAGCAUCAGUCUACACUUCAUCGCAGGUGAAUCCUUACGGUCGAGUCGAUGAAGAGGUGGCUAUGGUGGCUGAGGAGGAGGCCCGCCGCAAGAAACGGAUGAAAUGUUUCAUGUACGUUGCAGCCUUCGUCGUGUUUCAGACAGGAGUCAUUCUAAUCUUUGCACUCACUGUAAUGAAAGUGAGAACUCCCAAAUUCAGAGUCCGGUCUGCUUCUUUCGACACUUUUAAUGUAACAAAGUCAAACACGAAUCCCUCCUUCGACAUUAGUAUGAUAGCUGAACUUGGCGUCAAGAACCCUAAUUUUGGUCGCUACAAAUAUCAGAGUAGCACGAUUGAAUUCUAUUACAGGAACACAAAAGUUGGAGAGGCGAGUAUUCCUAGAGCAAGAGCGAAAGCUCGGUCGACGAGGAAAUUUAAUGUAAUGGUGGUUUUCUCGUCUGCAAAUGUUCCAAGAGAGGAUUUUGAUGCACAAUUUGCAAAUAGUACAGUUAUUUCAUUGAGAAGCCAGUCUAGAUUGAGAGGAAAAGUGGAGCUUAUGAAGAUUAUGAAGAAAAGCAAAUCUACUAAUAUGAAUUGCACCAUGGAAAUCAAUACUUCUUCGAGGCAGCUUAGGAUUUUGUCUUGCAGAUAA